AUGGGCAAGGAUGAGAAGAACCCCAAAUCCACAAGAAAUGAAAGCGCUGCGCUGCAGCUUGUCGAGUACAAAACCCCCUACAAGCUGGUGACAGUUUCUGUUCCAAACGCCAGGGACGGCGAGCUUCUCGUGAGGAUUAAAGCAGCAAGCUUCUGCCACACAGACUUCCAGGUUUAUGAAGGUGUCUACCAGUCGAAAUGUCCCAUUAUCCCAUCGCACGAGCCUAAGGUGGGGCAGCGUGUUGGUGUUCUCAACUUCAGACAUGCAUGCGGAGAGUGUAAUCAAUGCAUGUGGCAUAAACAAGCAUAUGAUGGUACUGUAGAUGCCAGAUUUUGUAAGCGAAGAGAUAUGGCUGGCAUCACUGCAAAAGGAGGUUUUGCCGAGUACAUGGUUGCAGACGCAAUGACCACUGUGUUGCUGCCUGACGUUCUGAGCUUUGAACAAGCUGCACCUUUGAUGUGUGCCGGGGCAACGGUGUGGAAUGCGCUUGAUCAAUGCUCGCUCAAAGCUGAGCAGUCUGUCGCCAUUGUUGGCAUUGGAGGUCUCGGUAUCCUCGCUGUUCAAUUCGCAAAGGCCCGAGGCUUGCGGACAGUCGCCGUCGACAAAUAUCCCGACUCCCUGGAGCUCUUAACUGACACUGGACCUGGGCUGGAACCAGAUCUAUUAGUCGGAAUUGAUGAUGACGAUGCUCUUCAACGCAUUAACAACUUCACCAAUAACAUUGGACUCAAGGCAGUCAUCGUAUGCAACGACAACGUCGCAGCAGCUGAGUGGAGUUUGAAACUACUUCAACCAAGAGGCAUCUGUAUUCCACUUGGUUUGCCUGAGAACGGUUAUUUUUUUAAUGCCUUCGAUCUGGGUUUCAAAGAGCUCGUGAUUAAGGGGUCUCUGUGCGCAAAUACACAAUCAGUGGAGACUAUGAUGAAGACUGUCGUUAAACACAAUGUCAAAAGUCACGUCACCACAAUCCCUUUGGCAGAGGCUCAUUCUCUUCCUACAAAGUAUAUCGCCAGGGACUUCAAGGGACGUCUGGUGGUCUUGGUUUGA